CCGAAAAUAAAAAAUAAAGAUGGAUGUCAUCUGUCAACAUGUUUCGUGUUUCAUAAUUGUUUCUAAAACAAUCAUUUAGCUCGUGUAAAUAACGAUAACAUCGAUAAUAUCGUGAAAUGAGGUGAAGAAAAAUUUUAUAAUCUUAUAUAGAAAUGAUGUUACGAGAUUGGAAAUAUUGUUUAAAACGAAAAAGACUUUAAAUAACAUUACAGUGUUUGGUGAAAUUUUUUUUUUUUUUUUUCAUCAUUUUUGAGGAUAUUUAAUCAACAAAUUUUCAAAAAUGUCAUUAAACGAUGAUGAAAAUACUUGGGUAUUAGAAUUAGAAGCAGCACUUUUGGAUGCAGAAGCACCUUCUGCUUCGGAUAUUUAUGCAAUAUGUAAAGGACAGCCUGUACCUGCAAAUUUAAGGCCAGAUGUUUGGCAAGCUUGUCUUGAUGUCACCGAUCGUGGCAAUCAAUUAAUUCAUUUUAAUGAAGUUUUCGAUCUUCCCGAGCAAAAUAUUAUACGCGAAGAUUGCCAACAACUUGUGGCUAAACUUGGAAACGACGAUGAAGAUAAAGUUUCCGUUGUCUCGGAUCUUGAAUCCAUAUUGACCUUUUAUUGCAAGAGUCGAAAAAAGAAAUACGAGAAGAACAAUGGAUGGCUGGAAUUAUUAGAACCAUUAAUUGCCUUGAAACUCCCCAAGUCAUCCACCUACAACUUAUUUGAGGCGAUCAGAGAUAUUUAUAUUCCCAGAGGCGACACACAUAGCUCUGUUUUAAGACUGUUACUUUUGUACCAUGAGCCUGAGUUGUGUUCAUUUCUGGAUACAAAAAGAGUUUCACCUGAUCAAUAUUCGAAAAGUUGGAUCAAUACUUUAUUCGCUGGUGUUUGUUCAUUACCAGCUGUUUCAACAAUGUGGGAUCUUUAUUUUAUGCAAGCCGAUCCAUUUUUCAUGAUGUUUUUGUCACUUAUUAUGGUGAUAAACGCCAGGGAUCAGAUUUUAAAUAUGAAAGACGACGACAAGGAGAGUAUAGUAAAUGCAUUAUCAGCAAUGCCUUGUGCUUUGGAAGCUGAGGAUGUGACAGAUUUUUGCUCCUUGGCACAGUAUUAUGCAAUGAAGACACCAUCGUCUUUUAAACAAGAUUUAUAUAGUAUAAUGUUUGGAGAAGGUGGCGAUGAGAAAUUUAUUACUCAUGCACUUUGUUUACCUGUUUCUGCUCAGGAAUUGGUGGAAAAUACAUUUGAGGCUUCCAUUCCAAAUAGUUCGGUUGAUUCUGUUCGAUUUUUCCUUGUCGAUUGCAGGCCCGCUGAACAAUAUAAUGCGGGUCAUUUGCCCACUGCUUUUCAUUUGGACUGUAAUUUAAUGUUGCAAGAGCCUGCAGCUUUUGCUACAGCAGUUCAAGGAUUAUUACAAGCACAACGUCAAGCUUUAGCUGUUGGUUCGCAAGCUGGAGGAGAGCAUCUUUGCUUUCUUGGAAGUGGACGACAAGAAGAAGAUCGUUAUACUCACAUGGUUGUCGCAUCAUUUUUACAAAAACACACACAGUACGUCAGUAUGGUCGCCAAUGGAUAUCAAGCAAUUCACGAAUACUUUGGCGAUGAAGUUGUUUCCAAUCUUAUCGAUCAUAAUUCACAACAUUGUCUCGUGUGUAAUGCAAAUAUGUCUGAUUCAAAUUCAAAUGAACCAAGUCCGGCUAAGGGGAAAAAUAACAAUUCCGAUUUAUUUGGUAAAAUUGGUCUCGCCAUGAGGCUAAAAGGUCAAGAGGUGAAGGGAAAAAUUUUCGACUAUAUUGUCAAUCCAUCGGCGAGUACAAAUAGUAAUUCGGAUAAAAAAAUCACCAAGGAUGGUGAUCUUGUUAAACGCAUUCCUAACGCUGGACCUGUUUUCAGCAUAGACGAUGAUCAUGAUCUUGAUAUGGUUUCGUUUCCCGAGAGUGAAAUGCCAGUUGAAGUUGUUUCAAUUCAACAAUGGUUGAAGGAUCCAAACUUAUUACAUUCCUUUAAGUGCCAAGAAGUGAAAGUCAAUGGAUUUGUUUACGAUAGUCAACUCCUCGUGACGGAGAGUCAUUUAAUUGUUCUGAGGGAAAUUCCAGGACGAAAGGGAGCAGCCCACGUUAAAGUGAAACGGCCACUUUCGUCUAUUGUGAAAAUAACGUCACGCAAACGUCAUCCUGAUCUUAUUACAUUUAAAUAUGGAACGACACAAUACAAUGACACUCUUCUCAUUUCGGAUAUGGACAGGUUUCUCAUUCCGAAUGCAAGCGAAGCAACAAAACUAAUUUCGCAACAAAUUUUGCGACAAUUAAAAGCUGCUAAUGAGGAAAGUGAUAAGUAAUUUUGUGAGGAUGUCUUAAAAAAAAACAAAAAAAACUUGAGUGAAAGUCGACUCUUUUAGUAAAUAAUCUCCUUGUUACCAAUUUUACCAAUGGAAAUUGCUUAGGAAUGAGUUUUUUUACUUAUCCAAAUAAUAGAAAAAUAAUAUAUAUUAUCUAUAAUAAUAAUAAUAAUAAUAAUAAUAAUAACUACAUAAUUAAAAAAAGGGCCCAUUAACUUAAGUUUCAUUUGCUGAGAAAAUUUAUUUUUUCAAAUAUUUGCUAUUUUUUUUUUUACAUAAUUUGCAUUUUUAUUUUUGCUCUUAUUUUCGAUUUUUUUUUAUUUCUCUUAAAUUAUUUUUAUUCUUUUUUUUUGUUGCAAUAGUUUAGUUUCUUUUUUUUUCAUUUUUAUUUUAAAAUAAGUUUCUUUUAGAGCUUUUUUCUUGGUAAGUUUAUUUAUUUAUUUUUUCUUUUAAUUGAGAGAAAAGUGAAAAUAAAUUUUCGUAAAUCUUGCGAGAAAAUCAGCCAUAAAUCCUGCCAGAAAUAUUAACCGCUUUUUAACAGAAAUAUAAAGUACAAACUCUAUUCAGUGACGAGAGACCAAAUACAACCAUUGAAGACCAAAAAAAAAAAAAAAAAAAAAUUUUCUCGCAAAAAUUAUUGCCAUUUUUUGUUAAAUAAAUUAUAAUUUAUAA